AUGAUUCAGAACAUUGAGAAGGCAGUUCUGCUCUCUGAGCAUGUUAAUCUGCUUACUGCUGAGGUGGAACCUGAGGCAGCAGACCAGGAAAUGCGGGAUUUUGAGAUGCAGAUUGACCUGGCUGAGAGAGAGCAGCAGAAACCCUUCUCUGAGAAGGCAGUGAAGAGAGAUUUUGAGAUGAUUAUCAUCUCAGAUAAGAAGAAGAAGAAGAAGAAGAAGAAUGAGAAGUGA